AUGGCCUCGUCAGGCUCUCUCCUUCCCUCCCUGCUGGCGUUGCUCCUGCUCCAGGUCGCCGCCACUGCGUCGGCGGCGACUACGACGAAUUUCGUCCGGGCGGCCGACCUCGCCGAGCGGCUGGAGGGAGCGGUGACGCGGCAGUGCUGGGAGGCGCUGCUGGACAUCAGGUCGUGCACGGGGGAGAUCAUCCUCUUCUUCCUCAACGGCGAGGCGUACCUGGGGCCCGGCUGCUGCCGCGCCAUCCGCGUCAUCGAGCAGCGCUGCUGGGCCGCCGACCUCAUGCUGUCCGUCAUCGGGUUCACCCCGGAGGAGGGGGACAUGCUCAAGGGCUACUGCGACGCGGGCGACGACGACAACGGGCCUCACCAUAGCGCAGGCGGAUCAUCUCCGGCCCCGCCGCCUCAUCGUGCUCUUGGCGCCGACGGCGUUGCAAGUGGCGGCACCGUGGCCGCCGUGGCGGGAAGGAAAGGGCUCGGUUCGCCGUUAGGCUGA